UAUGUGUGUUUGUGCGAAUGAAUGUGUGCACUGUCGACUGUAUGAACGAUUUCAAAUCGCUUUUUUUUUAAAAUUUCAACUUCAAUUAUUUUCCAAUUAGACGAUUUGCAGUUGUUUCAAUUGCGAGCCGCAUAAUUUAAUAUUGUUCAUGUGCAAUUAGGGAAAAAACGGAAUCAUUAGUGAAUCAAUAGCAGUGGGAAAAAAAGUCAUGUGUAAGUUUUGAUUGUGGUCGACAUAACGGAUACCAAAUUCUAGUAGCAGUAGCUGUAGCAGGCAAAGCAGCAACAAAUACAUGGAUUGAACGAAAGACAGUUCGAAUGAAUGUGGAUAAUGCAAAUGGCGACUUUUUUUUUUAUUGUCCCACAUAGCAGAAAGAGUAGCAGUAGCAGAACAGCAGUAGCUCGUCGAACUGAGGGAGAAAAACAACACCAGAAAUUGUCGCACUUUUCUCAUCACUCGCCAAGUGGAAUACAAGAAGACACAGCAGAAAGAGAAAAAAAACACAAGGAAAACUAUAAACAAAAGGAAAUCAGUUCGUUGAUUUUCGAUACGUGCCGUUUGACUCAGUUCAAGUGAUAGAACUAUAGCACACACAAAACCGAAUAAACAAUUAGAAAAAAUUGUGACAGCUGCACCAAUUACAAACAGAAAGAAAGGAAAAAAAUCGCUCCCAAAAAAAGCAACAACGUACAAAAAAAAAGAAGUUUUUUUUCCUCCAUCAUCAUCGUCGUCGUCGUAGUCAUUCCUCUGUCUUGGUGUCGAUUGUUUGAUUUGUUGUUUGAGUUGAUUAGCAAUAGAGAGAGAAUUUAUUGUGCUGGAAUUUUUUUUUGUCGUAUUUGCGAGCAACGCGUUGUUCAACGAGUUUAAACCAUUUGAAUAUUUUCAAGAGUGCUUAAUUCGUUCAUUGUUGCGACACUUCGUGUAACACAAAAUAGUGUGUGUUUUUUUUUUGUUGUUGUUAUUUUCGCUCGCUCGCUCGUUAUUGUUUUUUUUUCUUUCUUCCUUUUGUUAUUCAUUUCGAUGUUAAGGUUCAUCUCAAUCAAGCAUUGAAUUAAUCAUGCAUUACGAUAAAAUGAAAAAAAUCGAUGUGCUUUGGACAAUUGACUGGUGGAAUUGUGUUGCAUUUUUGUGAAGAAAAAUAAAUAAAUAAAUAACAAUAAAAGAGUAUCGACAAUUUUGCGUAGAAAUCAAUUUCGUGUGUGAGUGUUUUCAUUAUUUUUUUUUUUUUCGGUUGUUGGCUGUUUUCAAUGUGUGUGACACGAAUCGAAUGGGCUAUAAACGGGAUAGCCACAUGUGAGAGUGUAAUUUGUGUGUUUUUUUUUCUUCUCUAAAUUCUCUAUUCGAGCGCUCUCUCGGUGAAUGCAAUUUUUGCAAUGAGUGAGCGUGUAUUUUAUUAUCCACGACGAUCAUAAAGUGCAUUGAAGAAAGAAAAAAAACAGAAGAAAGACAAACAAAUAAAAGAACUACAACAACCGCACUCCGAGAGCAAGUGAGAGUGAGUGAGAGAGAAGCGUAGCUUAAAUGAACAAAUGAAUUAAAAUUGCCAAUUGCGAAUGUAAAUGACACCAAAGUGAUUGUGAUUCAGGCAAACAAUCACUCAUAGUGAGACACAUUUUUGAACAAAAACAGUGGAAAACAACACGAGACACACACCGAAGUCAUAUUUGUACAACAGCAACAACAACAACAGUGUUGUGUGCGCCUAUUUGUUGUUUUUUUUUCUUUCGUUUUCCGUGUGUUCGUUCAUUUUGAGAGCCUCAAAUCGAAAUGUGAAUCACCGCGUUCACCAUCAGUUCGUGUGCGUGCAUAUUUAUACAUUUUCUAAAAAGCGACGAAAUUUCAACCCAUAAAAAGAAGAUAAAUUUUUUUCAAAGGUUGUUUGAAAAAGAAAUGAAUUUCUCGACGAGAAGAUGACGAAGAGAAAAUGCUAUUUUGGCUGUUAAAUAAUCACUGAAUUGAAACAUCUAGUGCUAGAUACGGUUUUGAACGAGAAAGAGAUAGAGAGAGAGAGAGAGAGAGAGAGAAAGAGGGAAUAAAAUGCUAUGCAAACGGCGAAUAGAAUCAUCGGUUUGAUCGAAUUUAAAAACGCACACGAGCAACAACAUUUCUUUGAAUGGAUAUAUCAUGCAUUUGUUCCUGUUGUUUGUGUGACACAACUGGGCCAUAGAACGAUACAAAAACAACAACAACAAAACCACCACCACCGGAGAUCUAUUGAAUUCUGUGUGUGUUGUUAAUUCUCUUCGUCAUUUUGUUCUUUUUUUUCUGCUAGUUUUUAUCAGUGGCAUAUUAAUUUCAUCGUAAAUUGGUACAAUUUACAGCAGCAUCCAUACAUAUUCACGCUAUUUUCACACUCCAAAUGAUUGAGGAUUAGCCAAUAAAUUUGCUUUUUGCUCGUUUCCAACUUCGAUUCGGUUGUUACGUCAAUUAUUUAUUACCAGAAACAAGAGAGAAAUUCAUUUGCCAGCAAUUUUAAUUAGGCUACACAAAAUUGUACUACACGAAAAUAAAGCAGCAGCAGCAAAUAAACACGGCACCGGGGCCGCACAGUCAAAGCAAAUAAGAAAAGAAAAAAAAACAGAGAACAAGACGAAAUAAAGUGAGAGAAUACACGAGAGCUUGUGCGAUAGAGAGAGACAGAGAGGAAGGUGUAGAAAUCAAAUAUUCAAAGUCGAGACGCAUCGAACAUUUUGAAUAUAGAAAAGGAACGUGCUGUGAAGCAUAAAUCAAUUAUCGAUAUAGUGGAUAUAUAUCGAAACGAAGGAUUAUUUCUUUUCAACAACAACAAAAUCAUGGCUCAUAGCUCAACCUCAAUGGCGAAUGCAAGCAAUUUGCUCAGCUCGGAUAUAUCACGACGGAAUCCACAAGAUGAAUAUGAACUGAUUCAAAAGAUUGGCUCGGGCACUUAUGGCGACGUCUAUAAGGCAAAACGUAUCCAAAGCAAUGAGCUAGCUGCAAUAAAAGUAAUUAAAAUCGAGCCGGGCGAUGAUAUUCAAGUGAUACAACAGGAAAUAAUAAUGAUGCGAGAUUGUCGACAUCCGAAUAUUAUUGCGUAUUUUGGUUCGUAUCUGCGACGUGGUAAACUGUGGAUAUGCAUGGAAUAUUGUGGCGGUGGCAGUUUACAAGAUAUUUAUCAAGUGACCGGGCCAUUGAAUGAACAACAAAUUGCCUACAUGUGUAAAGAAACAUUGAAAGGGUUGGAGUAUUUGCAUUCGAAGAAUAAAAUGCAUCGCGAUAUCAAGGGUGCCAAUAUAUUGCUCACGGAGAAUGGUGAUGUGAAAUUAGCCGAUUUCGGUGUAUCAGCACAAAUAACCGCCACAAUAAAUAAGCGGCGAAGCUUCAUUGGAACGCCGUAUUGGAUGGCGCCUGAAGUAGCGGCCGUCGAACGAAAGGGUGGCUACAAUCAAUUAUGUGAUAUUUGGGCGACUGGCAUAACGGCCAUUGAGUUGGCCGAACUACAGCCGCCCAUGUUUGAUUUACAUCCGAUGCGUGCAUUGUUUUUAAUGUCAAAAAGUAGCUUUAAACCGCCCACGUUGAAGGAAAAAGAGAAAUGGUCGCCAACGUUUCACUCAUUUAUCAAGACAGCGCUAACGAAAAACCCGAAAAAGCGACCAACCGCCGAAAAGCUGCUAUCACAUCCAUUUGUUAUGAGCGACAUGUCUGUGCGCAUUGUCAAGGAUUUGCUACAAAAGUAUUUAAGCCCAAAUCAAUUUGACUUUUAUUCGGACGGUGAUGAUGACCUAUCGGGCAUUCCAAAUAACGUACCGCAACGGAUUGCGAGCCGUGCAACAUCCAGCCGCAGCAAUGGUUUGGCGAAAAAUCAACAAAAUCACACCAUAAAAAAUGCCCCAUCUUCGUCACAUUGGAGUAACGGCCGUUCGUCUAGCCCCGAAACAUUACCAAGUGAUAUGAGUCUCUUGCAAUAUAUCGAUGAGGAGCUUAAAUUAAGAGCGACACUACCCUUAACAACUGACACCAAAGAAUUAUCCGAUUGUAUGUGUCCACAUUUGUCGAAUUUGAAUCACAACAAUGGCAGUGAUAUGAAUGCACCGAAUGUUGUAACUGAUCUGAGUAACAUUUCCCAUCAAGGCUUCGAAUCGGACCAAUUACGCUUCGAUAUGUCACCAAUCACGGAAAUCAUCACCAGCAAUAAUUCACAUAGCAAUAGCAAUCGAAAUGGAGAUGUUAUUAGUUUAACGACAUCCGUUGCACCAACGGUAAUGAUGACGACGACGAUGACGACCACAUCAACAACGACCACGGCAACGGGCACAUCACCGACAGACGAUUCACGGUUACGUCACAGUUCAAUGGAUCGUUUGAUGAGCCUGCUUAAUGACCUAGGUAGUUCAACGCGAACGCGAAGCCUGAGCGAUGGUGGCCAAGAAGAAGAAGUGGAAAAAGAGAUUCAGCCAGAUAUUUUGAAUAAUACACCACCUGUGCCUCCGAAGCGAAUGCAUCGACGAAGGCAAACACCACCACGCCCCGUUUCGAAUGGUUUGCCGCCAACGCCAAAAGUCCACAUGGGCGCUUGCUUCUCGAAAAUCUUCAACGGUUGCCCGCUCACCAUUCACUGUACCGCAUCAUGGAUUCACCCGGAAACAAAAGACCAACAUCUGCUCAUCGGAGCCGAAGAGGGUAUUUUCAAUUUAAAUAUGAACGAACUACAUGAUGCAGCCAUCGAUCAGCUAUUCCCACGUCGAACCACCUGGUUGUAUGUCAUCAAAGAUGUGCUAAUGAGUUUAUCCGGCAAAAGUUCACAAUUAUAUCGACAUGAUUUGCUUGCACUGCACUCCAAAGAUGCCAAUCGAUUUUCGGUGCACAUGAAUCGAAUUCCAGAGCGUUUGGUGCCGAAAAAAUUCGCACUCACCACAAAAGUGCCAGACACAAAGGGCUGUACACAAUGCUGUGUGAUUCGAAAUCCAUACAAUGGAUAUAAAUACCUGUGUGGCGCGUUAACGUCGGGCAUUUUCCUUAUGCAAUGGUACGAUCCGCUGAACAAAUUCAUGCUGCUGAAACAUUGCGAAUGGCCAUCGUUAGCGGUUAAUAUUAGCGGUGUUAAUCCAGCAAUCAAUGGUGGAAUAACCAAUGUUUUCGAAAUGAUCAUUACACCCGAAUUAGAGUAUCCCAUUGUUUGUACCGGCGUGAAAAAGGGCAUCGGAGACUCGGUUAAGCUUGACCUCAUCAAUAUGAACAGUGGUGCCAGUUGGUUCCAUUCCGAUGAAUUGGAGAUCGAUCGAACCGCAACAAUGGUACCCAGACGAGAACCCAUCAAAGUAACAAAAGUAUUUCAGGUCGAUAAGGAUGCAAUACUGAUCUGCUAUGGUAAAACUGCGAAAAUCGUUACCAUGGAAGGAAAUCCUCGACAAAGUAGAAAAUUAGUUUCACAUUUAGACUUUGACUUUACCAUUGAAAGUAUUGUAUGUUUACCGGAUAGCAUUUUAGCAUUCCAUAAAAAUGGUAUGCAAGGUAGAUCGCUGAAAAAUGGCGAGAUCACCCAAGAGAUUUCCGAUCUGAGUCGCACAUAUCGACUCUUGGGAAGUGAUAAGGUUGUGGCAUUAGAGAGUCAUGUGGUACGAGCUGGAUCCCUGACACAGGAUGAGGGUCACGAUCUUCAUAUUCUGGCCGGCCACGAGGCUAGCUACUAAACUAAAAGCAGUAUUCAAUAGUUUCCUGUUCGUAAACAUUUCACAAAGAAAACGAAGAAGAAAAAGAAGAAAAAAUAAACACCGUAGAUGAUGGAAUAAAAUUUCAUGCGUUAAGCGCCCAAUCAGUGAUGGUUUUUUUUCAAAUGCAGCUCCUCCAAGGAUUGUGUUUACAAACGAUGUGUAUAAUUAGAAAGAAGAAGAAAUUAAAUAGUGGCAUAAAUCAAUUCGGUUCGAUAUAAUUUGAUUCAUUCGGUAGUUUGUUGUGCGCACCAUUUGCGCUUGGAUGAAUAGUAUUUAGUAGCGUUUAGUUAACGAAUUUCAAUAAUAGCGACACACAAGAAAGAACAUAGACAAGCGAAAACAAAAAAAAAUUAUGAUGAAAAAAAAAUUAAUCCUUUUUGUUGCACUGAGCGAAAAGAAACAAAAAUUCAAUUCUUGUUUUGUAUUAUUUUUUUUUUAAAGAAUUACGAUCGAAUUUUUAUUUAUUUUACAUGAUUCAAUCAAAAUUGAUUGUAGAUUUUCUUUGGGUUUUUUUUUAAUUUGGCCACACAGUAGCUUGGUUCAGUAUGAAGUCGAAACGAUUAUCGUGUAAAUCUAUGUAAAUAUCGAAUACGUGCGAGAGUCAUUGUCCCAUUUUGUGUUUUUUUCUUCUGUAUUUAUAUUUUUCUCUUGAAUUUCACUUGGAAAUGGAACGGGUCACUUUAUUUCCAAUGUGAAAUGUUGUGUUUUCGCUACGCACAAUCAAAUAGAAACAACCGUUUAUCUUAACUUUCCCUAAUAGUGGAAAUGAACUACGCUAUUUUAUCGAUAACAAAAACCUAUUGAAAAAUGGCAUAAAACAGAAAUUAGUUCCAGAAUAAUUGUCAUUUCAGUCAACAGCAACACAAAAUGUGUAAAGUAUUUUUUAAACAUAGCCACCCCAGUACAUUCCAAUUCCGUGACAACAGAAGCGCAGCAAAGCAAUUCCUUCGGAUUCAUAAAUAUAUGCAUUUUCUAUGCAAUCAGUUUCAGUCCAAAUAGCAAUAAAACCGACAACGAACAUAUUUCCAUACCGCAGCACAAUUUAAGACAAAAACCCUUCGAAAAAAACAGAAACUACACUGAAAUGUGUUUUUUAAAUUCGAAUUUUGUGUUUUUCAUUCGAUUUUUGAUUGAUAUAGCACUGAUAUAUGUGAACGAUUUAGCUUUCGAUUUCUUGUAAGAAACUGAAAAAUAUAGAAAAACAAUGUACCUAUUUUAGUAGGUUUAAUAAAUUAAACAAAUGAUAUCACUUAAGCCCAAGGCAAAA